CUUUAGACAGCUAGUGAAAGUAACGUUCCUAUCUACUGUAGAAAGGAUUGAAGAAAGACGUGCAAAUGUCUACCGCUGGGAAAACAAUCAAAUGUAAGGCUGCAGUAUGCUGGGGACCUAAACAGCCGCUCAGCAUUGAAGAGAUUGAGGUUGCUCCACCGAAGCAUCAUGAAGUUCGCAUUAAGAUUGUGGCCACUGGAAUCUGCCGCUCUGAUGACCAUGUUAUAAGUGGGACAAUAAGUGACAUGAAAUUCCCGGUAAUAUUAGGCCAUGAAGCUGCAGGGAUUGUGGAAAGUGUAGGAGAAGGCGUAACUGACCUUAAACCAGGAGACAAAGUCAUCCCGCUGUUUGUUCCUCAGUGCGGAAAAUGCAGAUGUUGCCUGAAUCCGGACAGUAAUUUAUGCUACAAAAAUGACAUUGGUAAAUACAAUGGGAUGUUAUUGGACAACACCAGCAGAUUUACCUGCAAGGGGAAAGUUGUUCACCACUUCAUCAGCACCAGCACUUUCACUGAGUACACUGUGGUGGAUGACAUUGCUGUUGCUAAGAUACAUAAGGAUGCACCGCUGGAAAAAGUCUGCUUGAUUGGAUGUGGCUUUUCUACAGGAUAUGGCUCUGCUGUGAACACUGGUAAAGUGAAGCCUGGUUCUACAUGUGCUGUAUUUGGUUUAGGGGGAGUCGGGUUGGCUGUGAUUAUUGGAUGUAAAGUAGCAGGUGCUUCCCGAAUCAUUGGAGUUGAUUUAAACAGUGAUAAAUUUGCAAAAGCGAAAGAGUGCGGAGCCACUGAAUGUAUUAACCCAAAAGACUACAAACUUCCCAUCCAUGAAGUCCUGGCACAGAUGACUAAUGAUGGAGUUGAUUAUGCAUUUGAGGUCAUUGGAAGCACUACAGUGAUGACAUCUGCUCUUUCAUCUUCUCACUUUGGCUGUGGAAAAACAAUAAUUGUUGGAGUAGCUCCAUCAAAUGCUGUUAUGUCUUUUGAUCCAUUGCUGAUUCUCACUGGACGCACCAUGGCAGGAGCUGUGUUUGGAGGUUGGAAGAGCAAAGAUGAUGUACCAAAACUGGUGGAUGAUUAUUUAAACAAGAAAUUCGACUUUAGUGAGCUCAUAACACAUAACUUGCCAUUUGACCAAAUCAAUGAAGGAUUUGAACUUCUGCGCAAGGGAGAGAGUAUCCGUACAGUGCUGAAUUUUUGAAGACGCAGGUUCUGAUGACGAACUCAUAUUGGUGUCUUACUAUUAAACAAGAUACUAAUUUAUCAAUACAUUAUACUUUUACUUAAUACUAAUCAUGAGGAGCCUAGGAUUAUAGAAAUUGUUGCUUAAAUGUAUUUCACAAGUUUAGCUUUUCUUUUCAUCUGCUUACUUAUACUUAACUUCUUUAAAAUUGAGCAGGAAAACAGCUACACAUGUGAACAGAGUGCAAUGCACAAAGGUGCUCUACAGAAGCUGAGGAGAGCAAAGGGGUAAAGUAACAUGAGCAGGGCCGGUGCAAGGUUUCUCGGCACCCUAGGCAAAACUUCUGCCUACUGCCCCUUCCCCCUACUCGCCCUUCAGGUGAAAGACAUGCUGCUGCUCUCCCCCACCCCCAGUCUGUUGCAUGGCUGCUCUCUUCUCCCCAUCUCCCUAGUCUGUGCGGGUGCCUGCAGCUCUCACCCCCCCCCACUCUGUUAAAUGUCUGCUGUUCCAUCUCCUCCACAUCUGUGUGCGUGCUGCUGCUCAUCCCCCCCCCCAAGACUGUGUGCAUGCCUGCUGCCCCUCCCCCCCCCCCCUCCCCAGACUGCUGCUCUGCUGCUCUCCCCCUCUUUCCUUAUCAAAUCCAGAGAGUGCACUGUGCAGCCACCAUACCUGCGGGAUGCGAUGCAGAGUUGGGACUGAGUAGUCUGCAAAAGAGCCUGCAAUGAAGAGCAGCGCCACAUGUCACCCCCAGCCAGGACUUCAGGAGCUGUCAAAGAAACUUCUUGUGCCAGGUAGAGGCGGAGCUGGAGGCUGCAAUACGGGAGCUUGCCAGUUGCGACUACUGUAAGAUACGAGUGCCGGGGGGAUUGCGGCGACUGUGAGGUAGGACCAUGCUACCUUUUUCAGGCAGCUGUAGCAGGCGCCCCCUCAGGAUCCGGCGCCCCUAGGCAGCUGCCUAAAGCUGCCUAGUGGAAGCUCCGGCCCUGAACAUGAGGUACCUCUUCUGUCAUCAGCUUCUGUAAAGCAGCCAUGUGUACAGUGCUAAAUUAAUUUAUAUCCAUCUCUAUAUAAGAACACUUUAAUUAUAGAAUAAUACAGUAUAUAAGCAUAUGUGAUUGUAAAAGACAGCUUUAUGCCAUUAUGCGACAGAUGUAAAGAGUGAUAUUCUUGUUCUCACUUUUAACAUAUAUCAAAUGAUUCUCCAGCCAGUCAGCUCCUGUCAUUUUUCAAGAACAUGAGUUAGAAGCUGAUUGACUAGAGCACCUUUUAACAUUCAUAAUGAAUGAUAACAAGAAUAUCACUCGUUGAUAAAUCUGACUCACUGUUUUCCAUUUAGAGGCAGCGAUACACGGGUAACCAGUAUGCAGAUAACUUCAUUAUCUAAAUGCAUCAUUUAAAAGUGUUUACUUUCAAAUAUAUUGUAAAGAUCUGCGUACAAAUGACUCCGCACUCCGGUCUGUUUAGCCAGGUGGCUCCUUUAUUUUCACCACAAAUACAUUGUGACACUACAUUUUAAACACUCCACGGCUUCCUAACACUAGCUCAACCCACCAGCCCUAGCUAUUGUCUGGCUGAUAUUCAGCAUAAGAACCCUGCCUACGAGUCCCAUAGUCCUUUUAUCCCUUCCACUAAUCUCAUACCAAUCACACCUAUAUAGUGCAGCUGUGUGUAGGAUCCUUCCAACAGGUAACAGCAGACCCUGACAUUUACCUCCUUAUUCUUGUGCAUCUAUUGUAUUGAUGAGUGAUCGGUGAACAGGGUGAAUUCCCUACCAAGUAGGUAGUACCAGAGGGCCUCUACUGCCCAAAUGAAUGGCCCAACAUUCCCACUCCACUGUAACGUAAUUCUUUUUUUGGGGGGAGAUGUUUACAGCUGAGGAAAGGAACCGGUCUCUCCUUAUCCCCUACUCCCUGUGACAACAAAGCCCCCAGACCUGUCCCAGAGUCAUCUGUUUGCAGAAAAAUCCUCUCCUUGAAAUUAGGUGCCUGUAGCACCAGUGCCAUACACAAAGCUUCCUUCAAAUCCCUCCAUGCGGCCUCCAAGGAUUCGGAACAAUUUGGUCUGUCCACGUUUUUCUUUUUAAGGAACGGCCCAGGUAGCAAGUUUUGCACACACUGUUGGUAGUAACUGACCAAACCCAGGAAAGUACAUAGUUGAGACUUCCUUUCCAGCUUAGGCCAGCCCCUCACAGCCUCUACCUUGUCUACCUGGGGUUUAACGCUCUCCUGGCCGACCACAAAGCCAAGGUACUGGCUAUGUGGGUGGCAAUUGCACAUUUGGCUGGGUUUGCCGUAAGGCCGUGACACCUCAAUGAUUUUAGAACAGCCUCCACCUUGGGAAUAUGGGAACAAAGUAAGUGGUGGCAAAUUCUUAAUGAGGUUUUGACAGUUUGUCCAUUGUUUGACGGAACAUAGCUGUUCAUUGUCCGACGGAACAUAGCUGGGCCCCUAUGCAGGCCGAACAGAAACACCUUGUACAGGAACAAGCCAUCUGCUGUUGAAAAUGCUGUUUUUGGUUUGGCUGAAAUACUGUAGUGAGUGGUAUCUGCCAGUAGUGCCAUUUUGUUAAAUCUAGGGUAGUCAGAUACUGACUACUGGCCAGAUUCUCCACCAGCUCUUCCACAUGCGGCCACGAAUAGGAUACAUAGGUGUCGAACUUGGACACCUUGCUUAACUUCCUAAAAUCAUUACAAAAGCGAAUAGCUCCUCAUUUGCUAUUGAAUUCCCCUACUACCCCAAGUUGCAACAUGUCCUCCAUCAUUCGCUUCACUGCGGCCAUUCUUGCCUCAUGUAUUCUAUAUGGCUGUUGUAUCACUACAACUACUGAUGGAGUUAUAAUAUCAUGUUCAAUAUUGGUAUGCUCUGGUAUAGCUAAGAAAACACCUUUAUUCCGAGAUACCAUUUCUAACACUUGUUGUCUUUUAGUCGUUGUCAGGGGAGACUCUGUGGUGACAAAGCAGUCCUCUGUUUUCACUGCUCCUAGCAUGACCACUGGAGUUUCCUUCACCCACGGCUUUAAAAAGUUGAUGUGAUCGAUGCAUACAAUUUGCUGUUGUGUGAGCUAAAGAUAAGCACUCUGUUACCUGGAUUAAAGGUGUGUAUGAUGGCUCGGGUGUCGUAACCCCUCUUUUGCCAUCUCUGUGCUUGUUGUAGGAGUUGCUCUAUUAAUGGACUGAUCUGUUGUAAUCAAACAAUUGGGUGACAAAUUGUACCACAUUUGGUUCCUUGGGUCCCUGUUGUUCCCACCCUUUCUGAGAAUAUCCAGAACACCACAGAAUUGUCUCCCAAACAGGAGCUAAAAGGGACUGAACCCAACUGAUACCUGAGGCACCUCCCUUACCGCAAACAUGAGGUAAGGCAACAAGGUAUCCCAGUCUUUCUUAUUUUGAGCCACCUGGGGUUGUCUGGCUGGGUGGCUCUGGGGUGUCCUGCCCCCCGGACCUGAACCCCUAUAGUUAGUGUUAGGGACUUACCCAAUGAGAGGCUACCUUGAUGCGGUGGGUAAGCUCAUAGCCCUGGCCAGGAAUAUGCUAAAUGCCUCUGGUUACUACAGGUUGAGCUAGUGUGAGAUUGUGCACCUGCUACUUUUCCUCUUUGAGCCACAGCUUGCCUACUCAUUUGCUUAAGGGUUCUAUUUAACCACUCAACCAAUCUGUCAGUUUGCAAUUGAUAAACCAAGGCCUGUAGCCUCUGUAUCCCUAGCAAUUUACACAACUCCUUCAUUAAGCUCGACAUGAAGGCAGUUCUCUGACCAAUUCCUAGUCGAGUAUACAUCAGCAGUAACUCUUUUGCAAUUGUAAUAUUAGUGGUAUUGAGUCAGGAUAUUGUGUAGCAUAAUCCACAACUACCAGGGCAUAGUGAUGUCCUAAGGCCGACUUUCCUGAGUCCAUGGCCAUGGCCGACUUUCCUAAGUCCAUGGCCAUCCGUUUGAAUAGAACUGGAAUUAUGGCAAGAGGUACCAGAGAAGCUUGGUAAUCUGGUUUAGGGGCAGUCCACUGGCAGACUGCACAGGCUUGGCAGUAUCUCUUGAUCACCAUGUGAGCUCCUGGCCAGUAAAUGUGGCACCAAGUGCUGUUUAAUUAUUUUCUUUUGUAUCACCACUACUCUAUAGAGCAGGUCCCCUUUUUCUAUAAAAUACGGCACUACCUGGCCGGUCUCUCAGUCCUCCACAUUCCAUUCUCUUUCACCACAUAUCUGAAGGCAUUUUGCAAUGCAGUAGAUGAAGCAAGUCCCGAGCAAUGUCCUGGAGUGAUACAGUACUGGAUACUGGGGACCAAUCUUCUCUGCCAUAUUGCACGGUUUCUCUUUUCUCCAAUCUCUGGCCAGAACGAAUUCCUUCCAUCUUCUGGAAUACGAUGCUGGCAUAGAUACAGCAAACGCCUGGUACCCAGGCUCCAGAUUUUGCUGCUUCUUGGUCUCUCGCUCCGGUCUUGGGGUACAACAGUAGCAACAGGAUAAAGAAGGGUCGGAUGUCCAGCCAGUGAUUCAGUUGCCGGCAUGUCCCGAUUGAUUCACUCGAUUAUAAUCUCCCAAAACAGGCAAAAGUCUCACCCGAGAAUAAGGGGAUAUGGCAGCUUUGGGGCUAUUGCAGCCACCACUUGCACCAUUUGUCCCCUCUCAGUAACGGAAAGACAAACAUGGUCAUAUUCCUUUGUGACCCCGUGGAUACAUAGGACUUUUACUGGCGGUAGUCGAGAAGUCAGGCUUCCUGGAACUACAAUGCUGGUUACUAAGGUAACUUCACUGCCCGUAUCCACCAACACCACCUGUUGUUGUAUCAGGAUGGUCACCUGGAAAAGCCAUGGGCUACUUAAGGUUCUGCCCGACUACUUCAUCUACUUUCUGAGCAAUAUUCUUCAGUUCGUAAUAACAGUCAAUGGCUGUCGCCAGCUCUCAAAUGACUGAUGAUCGGUCUGUAGAACACAUCUUUGUAGUGCCCAGUUUAGGUUGCGUGCACAAUGGUCAAGUGCCAGGAUUUCCAAGAUUCUGAUUGGCAAGUUUCGGAUGAACGUAAACAGCUCUUUUUUUUUACUUUGCCAGGUCAUCCAGCUGCACACGUGUUGUGGACCCAAGGCCUAAAUCGCCAUUUCUAAAAUCGUUGUACCUUCCUAGGCCCUGUCACCCCUAUCUGUGCCAGAAUCAUAGUCUUUAGCUGCUGAAAAUUUGCAGCCUUUUCUUUGGGCUUACAUUUUGCCACCCACUACUCUGUUGGCCAUUUAAGCCAAGUUGCCUUACUUUCAAAUGACAACAGAAACAUCUCCACAUCAUCAAGGGUGUCAUCUUUUGUCUGACGGCAAGUUCGCUGUCACCCUGUCGGAGCUGACUGAGCUCUGAGCCUAAUUCAGAUCUGAUCACAGCAGCAAAUUUGUUAGCUAAUGGGAAAAACAAUGGGACCGAUUCAAACCUGAUUGCUGCUGUGCGUUUCCGCACAGUGGGCGAUCAGGUCUGAACUGUGCAUGUGUAUGCACCGCAAUACACAGACGCGAUGGUCUACAGCAUUGGGGAGCGUCUGGCAGCGACGGGAUGGUGUGAAAAAUCCUAUUGCAUCGGCGAACGCAAGGAGAUUGACAGGAAGAGGGUGUUUGUGGGUGGCAAUUUACCGGUUUUUAGAAGUGUCCAGAAAAACGCAGGAGGGUCCAUGCGCUUAGAGGGAGGAUUCCUGACGUCAGCUCCGGCCCCGAUCAUUGCAGUGGCUGAGUAAGUCCUGGGCUAUGCAGAGACUGCACAAACUUCUGUUUGUGCAUCUCUCUUUCACAUGCGAUCGCACCCCUGCACAGCGAUUUCCCCCUCACUAAGUUUUUUGCUGCCCUUCAAUCAGAUAGUUGGCGCCUACAGGGAGAGGGGAAAAGCCUGCGCAGUUUGUGCAGUCUCUGCACAGCCCAGGACUUACUCAGCCGCUGCUAUGUAAUCCUACUGAUCGGGGCCGGCGCUGAUGUCGGACACCUUCCCUCAAAAGUGUCUGCGUUUUUCCAGACACUCCCGGAAAACAGUCAGUUGUCACCCACAAACGGCCUCUUCCUGUCAAUCACCUUGUGAUCGCCCGUGCAUUCGGAUUUUUUGCUAGGCGCCAAUGCCUGUCGCUGUUGUGCGAUGCGCAUAGUGGUGCAUAUGUAUGCGCAGUUCAGAUCUGGUCGCCCGCUGUGUGAAAACGCACAACAGCGAUCUGAUCUGAAUUACCCCCUUAGUCUUAGCUCUCUUGUGCACUGGUGACUGCACAACACCCAGACUUAGCAAGGCCCAUGGCUGGCAGAAGGAUCCCAUGAAGGACACCACUUUGUAAAGAUCUGUGUACAAAUGACUCCUUACUCCGGCCUGCUUAUUUUCAUCAUAGCUACAUUGUGACUCCACACUUUUAACACUCCAUGGCUUCCUAAAACUAGCUGAACCCACAAGCCCUAGCUUUCGUCUGGCUGCUAUUUAGCAUCAGAAGCCCUGCCCACAAAAUCCCAUUGUCCUUUUAUACCUUCCACACAUCCCAUACCAAUUAAACCCCUUUGCCACGAUAUAUUUACCUAACAUUAAAAAUAUAAAGUACUGAGUAAAAAAUAUUUGCAAUAGGUUAGUGAGCAAGUUACUUUUUCAAACAUAAUUACUGUAAUGUGACACAAUGAUUAGCGAUCAUGUGAGUAGAGCAGCUGUAUGUGUAAGUACAGUAAAUGCCAUCUCUUCAUAUUGUAUCAAGGUCAUUUCCAAUGAGCAGGAUGGAGAGCCAAGUUUGUAGAAUCUUUCUGUAAUGAAUUUGCAGCCUGAAAGUGUCUACUACCCAAACUACCUGUAGAACACCUAAUAAUGAAUCAUUGUUGCUCAUACAGCUUCAUUCAUAUCUUUUUUUUAAUAAAUAAAAAAUGUUAAACUGC